AUGAAGGCAACUUCAGCCGAGAUUCCCCGAACAGUGCAGAUUAACUCCGUUCCUGCCAGACAGACGGCUAAAAUUUCCAAUCUGCCACUGCGCACCGAGGAGGACUAUAGUGAAUUUGCUUCUCCGUUAGGUUCGGAAACAGACUACGGACAGGAGGUGGUAAGUUCACGAGUUUGUCUGUAUACCUAUCGCGACUUCUAGACUAAACAGCUGUCCGUUGUCGGAGGACGCAAUGAGCGUCAGUUCGUCAGAAAUCUCCUGACUACUAUGCUCGGUCAUCCACUCUGCCUCAGUGUCUGCUGGGGAGGAUUGACGGAUAAAAGGUCAUUAUUCAAUUCUCCCCUCUAAACUAUACUCUACGACAGAUAAAAUUUUUUGACAUCCCCGGACGCCAUUAGGGUUAAACCCGACCUUCGAAAAUUCACAGGUAAGGAACUACGUUAACACGCCAUUAGCUGGCUCCACGGAACCAGAUACAGGUACGGCGGGAGAUCCAAGCGUCGGGAAGCCGCGGAGAAGGUAAUUUGAAUAAUUUUAUUUUUUCCAAAGAUUCAGCAUUUGCGAGGCUGAGACUCCACAGACGCGUGCCCUAGUCUGUCACCGGCAGAAGAUACGAUAAUUGUCUUUUGAACUUACCAUUAAUAGACCUAAUUCUACACUGUUCAUGAACGUAUUAUUACAGUUUUUGCCUACUUUAGUAGUAUGAAAAUGUCGUGUGCAAAUUUUAAAAGAAGUACCUUUUUCGUAUCCAUAGAGGUUGCGAAAUAAGCUGAUUAAUAGCCACUAUGAAUUUCAUAAUUAUAGCUUGGGAUCAUAUUGUAAUUACAUAAUAAAUGUAAUUGUAAUUAUAACGCAUUAAAGGUUAUUUUACAUAUUAUUGUAUUAUGUUGUUGCUAUAUUAUAUAUAAUUAUUACAUUUUACAUAAUUAUUAUAUAUUACUAAAAUUAUGACUUAACUUCCUGAUCCCUAUGACAUGUGAAAAUUUCUCCUUGAACUUAUAAACUCAUUUUCUCUUUUAAUUACAGGACCCUGCCAACACAUGGCCCCGCCUUGUGGGUGUGACCAAGCGUGGCUGGACGUGGCCAUGGCCGCGCCAUAUUUUGAGAAAUUUCAAAAGUCGUUUCAGCCGCUUAGACGAAAUUUUCUGUGUUUUAAUGUUGCGCAUUUGCCUAAAUAUACGUUAAUUCACCCAGAAAGUGCCUUGAGUCUUCACUUCUUGGGGAAUUAUAAUUUGCCUGGAUAAGCCGAUUAGGACGCUGUUGUUAAAGUGGGCCACUUGGACGCCGUUUCUCUGCUGCUCGACCGGACGCUCGCGACAAGGUGGUACGUUUUCCCACGUCGAUUUCAUGUCUAUCGCGUCUUUAUAGUCUUACUUACGCAAUUACUAAUCUCUUUUAUGCUAUGCAAGUAGGUUUACUAACUUAAUUGCAAAUUUAAUCUCACAGUGAGCGUUUCAAGUGCAGUUCAAUUUUUUUAACUUGUUUUAUACCCAUCAGUGAAAGCAAUCAUGAAGCGCAAGUAUUAUGGCUUCCAUCGGAGCACAAUUUACAAGCGGAUUGCGCGUGAGAAGAAGGCAUAUUAUGCGCAUAUGGCUGAUUCCUCCGUUCCCUCUACGUCAUCGGUUUUAGACCAACCACCGAAAAUAGAAAUGCCCGAACUAGUCCCAGUAGUUUGCACUGGUAGUCAUCUUACUGAGUUACUCAAUAACAAAUUAAGAGCCAGUAGACAUAAGCGAGGACGCGGUCGCAGGCAAAUGCUGUCUGGCGGAUUUACGGGAAUUCUGCUUGGAGGCCCAAAUGCCACUAUCCACAACAAAGAAGUUGUUUCGGAUGCUGCGGCCCUACCACCCAGAAGUGCCUAAAGACCCAAGAACGCUAUUGCAAACGCCUCGGACCUGCAUUAGCAAGCCCCUGAACAAAGGCAACUAUGUUCAUUUAGGUCUUGAACGUGGUCUGCUGGAUCAACUGCACAGUCUGUCCGAAACAAGCGUUCCUGAAAUGCGCAUCCAACUGCAUAUCGACGGAAUGAAGAUAUUCAAGGGGUCUAGUCAAGGCCUGUGGCCGAUUCUUGCCCGUGUUCGCCAUCCAGUUGUUGGUCAGCCCUUCAUUGUUGGAGUGUUCUCCGGUCCCGGCAAACCCGAUCCGUUGGAUGACUUCCUGGGCGACUGUGUUGGCGAGCUGAAAGACCUCCUGGCCAGUGGUCUGCACAUUCCACAUAAGCAAAAUAGCGUAAAGGUGAUCUUAGACAAAGUUAUCUGCGACACCCCUGCCCGAUGUUUUGUGCGGCAAGUUAAAGCUCACAAUGGCUAUUACGGGUGUGACAGGUAUGUUGUUUCGUACCUUUAACUAAAACCACCGCAGGUGUUCCCAUAUGGGCAAACGUAUUGCAAACCGCAUGACGUUUCCAGUAUGCAGUGGGCGUCUGCGUGACGACAGGUCAUUCAGGUUGCGAAGACAGGAACCGCAUCACAAGUGCAGGUCUCCGUUCGAGGAUUUGCCCGUCGAUAUGGUGACCUCCUUCCCACUCGACUAUAUGCACCUGGUUUGCCUGGGCGUCAUGCGGAAGUUACUGUAUAUUUGGCGUCUGGGCUCCAGCAGGCACUCUGACUCAUUGAAUGAGUCUAUUAAGAUGUGCUGCCAAAAUUUGCCGGCCGAGUUUUCGCAUAAAUGCAGAACACUCGAUUGUCUAGAGUUUUGGAAGGCUGCCGAAUACAGGCAAUUCCUACUGUACAUAGGCCCCGUCGUUUUGUCCUCCGCCUUAAGCGAAGCCCGUUACCAACACUUUUUACGGUUUUCCCUCGCAGUGCACAUAUUUUGCCAUCCCAUAUUGCAUAUAUCUUGCGAAGAAUACGGCUGACUUCUGUUAAAUCGCUUUGUUGUUAAUUUCCCCACCUUGUAUAGUACCUCCGAUAUUAUUGUCCAUUGUCUGCUUCACCUGUAUGACGAUUUGUCUCGGUUUGGAGUGUUGGAUAAUUUCUCUGCAUUUCCUUUCGAUUCCUUUUUACAAAGUGUCCGCAGCAGUAUAAAAGGGCCUACUAACGUAGCCGCGCAUGUUUUCAAGCGCUUUUCUGAAAGACGCUUGCCUGAUUUACCAACAUGCCGAAUGCUGUUAGACGACGACGAGGGAGUAGCACGGGCAUUUAAACUGCCUAUCGGAUCCACCGCAAUUUUUCAUAGAGACUUUGUUUUGUCAAAUAAACAGCCCGAUAAUGUGGUACUUAUCGGAAAUAGACCGUGCCUGCUGACAUCAGUGUCGGAUACCGGCAUAACUUACCGCCCGUUCCUCGAUUGUGAGGACCUUUUUACAACAUCCCUUCCCUCAUCCUCCUUGUAUAUGUUUAAAGCCUCCCGUUUGUCAGACAUUCCUUUAACUGCUACCCUCUCAGACAUCAUUUCUAAAUAUGUUACCUUUGAUAUUGACGGUCGUUUUUUUCUGAUUCCGUUACUGCACACUGUGCGUGCGCGGUGACUCUUGUUUACAUUGUUCAUUUGGUAUAAAUUUCCCUGUAGAUGUAUUCGGUUGUCGAAUUCAUAA